GCGUCCAGGGCCGGGCGAGAACCAGUCCACAUGCGAUCGAUCGUGUGGACGCCCCAGGAAAUCAUUGACAUUGUCACCUCGGCCGGCUAGACUACAACAAACCGUUGCUACUUUACAACAAGUGUAGAUCUACUGUACAGUGCAUUACUACUUCGUUAUCAGACGUAAUUAUCGUGACUGGCCGGCCGCACUUCGACUAAUAACGCAUCAGCACACAGCGCGCGUAACCCACUCCAAUCACCUGAAACGUACGGUACUUCGCUGGAGAGAGGAGGCUAGUCAGAGCCGGAUGUGCAGAUCCGCGAGGCACACAGACUUGCUUGUAUAAAAGUGGAAGUCAUCACCACGAAUCGACGUCUUUGUCAGAAGGCAAGCAUUUUUCGACCGGAACAACCUUUCGGCAGAAGUUUCGGCACUGCGGCAUCCGGAUAAGGCGAACCUAUUUUCAGUUUUUGCCAGGGCAGGAUCGUCAUAGCCUCUAUCCACACACGACCAUCGGAUUGUGAAGAAGGAACUGAGCAAUGGCGGGUAGUUCACAGGUACUAUGGAAAGACCUUGGCCGGCUGCUGCCGUUGGUGGUUGUCUUAUUGGCAGUGAGCACAGUUGUCAAAUCGACGCUGUCCAGCGAAAGCAACAGUAUAUCUCAGGUGGAGACAGAGAGUGACGCACGAAGUACCAAGACUGGCAGCCGCUCGAACUCGCAAGUGAGCCUCCGAUCGCCGUGGAGGAGGAGGGCGCCUUCGAAAUUGCGCAAGUUUUACUGCAGGCGGAGUACUGGAGACUGCCAGUGCAAUCCCGGCGGUGCCUAUCUGUGCAAGAUACGUAGCUUCAAGUUUGUCAAGCAGUGCAAAGCCCUGCUCGCUAACGCUGAGAGAGUUGGCACAUGCUUGCAGCACUGUAAGUAUGGACAGUGCGUUGUCACACCGGAGCGUGAAAUCUUCUGCGACUGCGAUGCUGAACAUACUGGAACUUACUGUAAUAUCUCAGUCGAGCCGUCGUCCCCUGCUCGUGUUGGUGCUAGCCAGCAAGAUUCCAACCUUGGAGAGGAAGGUUGCCCUGAGCUACCGUGUCAAAAUGGCGCUACGUGUCUUCACGUUGGAGGACGCCGCAGGUGCAAAUGCACAGACGGCUACUCGGGAAUGUCGUGUGAAGAUUACACGUUUUCGCUGGCCGCUGAUGAAAUGACGAUGGCCGAUUGCGAGAACAACUGUGAGUUUGGCGACUGUGAGGAAUGGGAAAUCGAGGGAACCGACCACAGCUUUGCGAAAUGCGCGUGUCAUGGUGCCUACACCGGGAAAUACUGCGCGGACGAGGGUGAGGAGGUUACAGAGCCGGAGAAUCCUCAGCGGGAUGACAUACUUGGCGAGGAGGAUGAAGGCUUCACCGGAUCGGACGGGUCGGUGUGUCGACACUCGGAUUGUCUGAACGACGGUGAAUGCGGCCACUUCAAUGAUGGUUCAAUAGGCUGUCACUGCCUGCCUAACUACAGUGGCUCACGCUGCGAGGACUUCACUGGCCCGAGGAGACGAGAGCCUGCCACCGGCCUUGAUGCCUUCAGCCAAUGCUUUGACAAGUACUGCCAGGUUAAAAAGACCAGUGCACAGUGGGUGCUUACCUGUGAGCAACCUUCGCGCAGAUGUGCUCGUCUGCUGGAGACUGUCAUUCCUAGGAAGAAGGCAGAAAAGCUGCAUGUUUUGAGCCCUCAUGGUCGAAUUCGAUCGCCAGGUGCUUCCGACACCAAGGUAGAGGAAAUCCGCAGGAGUGAGUCCAAAGAGACUGCAAGUUCCCCUGAGAAAGACAAUAGGAGAGAAACAAACGUCAAUAUUGACCAGCUGCUGAAGGAUCUGAUAAAAGAUGCACGAACUGUUGAUGCCGACGAAGACUGAUUCUUGCCGAGAUUCGCACCAUCAGAUCAUACCUCUUUGUGAGCAGUGACAGUCAUGUGAUAGGCCUACACGCGUGUACCAUGAUGCACUUCACACUGAAACAUACUUUUUUCAGCUCAUAAUGAUACAAGAUAUCGUCAACACCACAGACUCAAUAGCCUUAUGUCUGCCGCAAAAUUCCUUUUUACCCCUCGCAAAUUUUCGUUCAGCAGAAAUGCAUACUGUACCCACGGCACAUUCAUCCCAUUGAAACUAAAUAGAUGACAGAUUACAUUGUAUGUGGAACACACGCUGUCAGCCACCGGCCCUCUUUUUGAAGAAGGUACUCUUUUGUUGGACCCUAGCCAUCAGUUUUACAUAAUUUUGCUAAUUUUGCUGCUUUUCGAGCAGAAUUUGCCAAUUUUGCACAAAUGAUCAGCCAAUUCAAAAUGGCUCGCUUUAAGGCUGCGUUUACACGGAGACGAAACGAAACGAAACGAAACGAAACGGAACGAAAACGGGCUGGCCUCGAAUCGUUUUCAAACCGUUUACACGAGAACAGCAAAUCGUUUUGAACCGUUUACACGAAAACGGAAAACUGGCGAUCAAGCUGGAGUUAGCACGUGCUGGCUUGGCGCAAGGGCGGGAAGUAACACGUUAGUUGGAGUUGGUACGUGCUGGUGGUCGCAAAGGUCAGGUAUUUCCCGCGAAAUAUAGUCCCGCUCGGAAUGGUUUCCAUGACCGCGCUCCGUUUCCAAUCGUUUUCACUGUUUUCACCGUUUACACGAGAACGAAAACGUUUUGAAAACGUUUUGAAAACGUUUCAAAACACUUUGAAGUGCGUUUCCAUUUCGUUCCGUUUAGGUAUUGUUUUCGGGCGUCGUCGUGUAAACGAUAGUAGUAAACGCAACGAUUUCGUUCCGUUUGGGUCGUACUUCGUUGUCGUGUAAACGCAAAUCGUUUUCAAUCGUUGUCGUGUUAACGCAGCCUUAGAAGCAUACUAGAAACCUUUUGCACAUUCUUUUGAGGCCGACACAAGUAGAAGAAUAAAGCUCCUUCAUUAAUCAUUA